AUGGCCUCUGCUGCUUCUAGAGCAAAAGAAAAGGGAGACGAGGGCUCCCACCACCCCAUCCCAGAGCAUCGGAUGGACAAUGGAUGUGGAGGUGGCACAUGGCCAGAGCGAGGACGGCUCGGAGAUUCCGAGGUCAUCAGCCACCGAAACCAUCUCAGGAAAGGGAAUUUCCAGACUAAACUCCAUUUGGAGCACCUGGCAGAGAAGCUGAAGCUUUUGGGGAUGGAUGGAGACAGAGGGGAGAAGGAGAAACUCUGCUCGUGGCACAAGAGGACGUUCCUCUCCAAUGGACCAUGGGAUGAUGGAGGUCCUACUGGAGCCCCCAUAAAGGAAUCGGUGCAGGAGGACGGGGAGCAGAUUCGCAGCGAUCUGGAGAACCUCAAGAAACAAAAGAAGGAGCUCUUAGAACUCAAAAUGAGCGGAGAGAGGCGAUGCCAAGACUUUCUGACACGGACAGAGGCUGAAAGGCAGAAAAUUGUGUCAGAAUUCCGUCAGCUCCGCCGUUUUCUGAAGGAGAAGGAGGUGAUGCUUCUGGCACGGCUGGGAGAGCUGGACAGGGCUGUGCUGAGGAAGCAGGAGGAAGAGGAGGCCAAGGUGGAGGGGGACAUUUCUCUCCUAAGCAUCCUCAUCUGUGAGAUGGAGGAGAAACUCAAGCGACCCACACGUGGAUUCCUACAGGAUGCCAGAAGCACGCUGGACAGGUGGGAGAUGGGCAGAACUCAAAGGACGAUGGAGAACUUUGCAGACGUGGAACGGAGGCUCAGUGUCAUCUCCCAACAAAAUAAAAUCCUCAAGGAGACACUGGGGAGAUUUCAAGAUCUUUUACCAUCUGAGCUGGAGAAGGAGGAAGGAGCAUCUGUAGGAGAAGAGGGAAAAGCAUUUGUGACCCUGGACCCCAACACUGCCACUGCAGGGCUCGUCCUGUCCCGGGACCGACGUGGGGUGAGAUGGAUGGAUAUGGGGCACAACGUGUCCCCUUGUCCCCAACGCUUCGAUGUCUCCUGCUGUGUGCUGGGCUGUCGGGGCUUCACCUCAGGGAGGCACUUUUGGGAUGUUGAGGUGAUGGGUGGUGGCAUGUGGGCACUGGGGGUGGCACGCAGCUCUGUGCCCAGGAAGGGUUGGCUCACUUUCCACCCCGAUUAUGGGAUUUGGGCCGUGGGAUGCUGUAGGAACCGGUUCCGAGCUUUCACAUCUCCCCCAACCACCCUCCCCAUGAGUGGGAAUCCCAACAGGAUUCGAGUGGUGUUGGAUUAUGGAGGGGGACGGGUGGCUUUCUACCUCACUGCCCAAAAAAAUCCCAUAUUUGCUUUCCAAAAUGCUUCUUUCUGUGGGGAGAGCAUCUUCCCCUUCUUCUGGGUGGGCAGAGAAUCCCACCUCCACCUCUGCCCCUGAGAGAAGGAAAAGAGAGGUCUGAAAUUUUGGGG